AAUAUUAAAAUGGAAUUUACAAUUGAAUACACAUGGGAUGGUGUGCCUGUGAGCCAUGAGCCAGUAGCUGUCAGACUGAAGUCAGACAAUGCAGGACUGCUAAUGGAAGUUAGUGCGCCCUUCUUUAAUGAUCCGCCAGCACCACUUGGAGAACCAGGGAAACCCUUUAGUAGAUUGUGGGACUAUGAGGUUGUAGAAGCAUUUUUCUUGAGUGACAGAACUGAGCAGUAUUUGGAAGUUGAACUUUGUCCCCAUGGACAACACUUGUUGCUGCUGCUUUCUGGCAGAAGAAAAGUAUGGAAAGAAAAACUUCCUUUAGAAUUUGAAGUGACUAGAAUGAGUAACAAAUGGGAGGGUAAAGCUUGUCUUCCUUGGAAUUAUUUUCCACCAUGCACUGACAAGUUUAAUGCAUUUGCAAUUCAUGGUUCGGGAGUAGAAAGAACAUAUGAAGCGCUUCAUCCUGUACCUCAACAUGAACUACAGGAAGGACAGAAACCAGACUUUCAUCGCCUGGAAUUUUUCAAACAAUUGAACCUGAAAGGACUAAUGGGAGAAGAGUGGAAACAGCCUGAAUCAGACAUAUGGAAAUCUCUCACUGAUUAGCAAAAUAGAAUGAGGCGUAUGCUUUUGAUAGGAUUAAGGUUCGAUGAAGUUGUGUGGAAACAAUGCCUUCAUUUUAAGGAGUUUCAGUAUGUAUUUGUAAAUAUAUAAUUAGUAAGGCUUUCCUUGACCUCAAAAUCAUUAUUUGCUCUUAUAGUCAACUGCAAAAUUACAGCUGUAGUGUUUUCAUGAGAACUUUGAGCUUGACGAAGCAAAGGACUUUUAUCAGUUUUCUAUGGCUACUGCAUUUCUGCUGUUUUUCACUGAUGCUUGUGUCUUGGCUGUUCAGUGUGAUUCUUGUUUGCCUAAAUUAUUUUUGUUGCAAUUGGGACAACGUAUGCAUCCUUCAGGAACAGAAGAGAAUAUGGAUCUCAUACCUCUUUCUGGCCUGAGUCUCAGGUUGCAAAAUGUUCUGGAGGUAUGACACUGACAAACACCAUCUUAUACCUUUUUUCUUGCACAGUGCUGAAAGGGGAACUCAGUCUGUCUAUUAGCUUAUUAGCAGACUUUCCUUCAAAGUUGGUGUAGAGUUUUUAGUGAUAUUUAGGUACAGAGGCUAGAUUUUACAAAAUGUUUUAUGCACCCCAGGCAAACUUUCUGUGAGAAGUAAUGUUAAGUAAGAUCUUCUGAUAUAAUUGUUUGCCUAACACAAUGUUUGUUCCAAGGUUUUUAUUGGUUCAGAUAUAAGAAACUUGAAACUAACAGAUUUUAUUUGCUUGCCAGCAGACCCUGGAAACACUCAAAUGAGUUGUGGGUGCCUACAUUUCUACAUAUUGACAUGAAUAUUUUAACAGUACUGGAUACUGUUACUCUCACAGGAUGGUAAUAUCUAAUGACUAAACUCCUGCAAGAUUUACAAAUGAGAUGUUCCCUUUCUGUCUUGACCUUAUGCCUGGCAGAGUAGGUUGUUCUUUAGUCAUAACUGCUGAUUGGAUCUUGUUUAAUGUAACUUGGAAAAUGGGAGCUUAUCCACUAACCAGAUUCCUCAUGUGAGAAGUGAGUAACCUAAACCAGAACUUCUCUGUUCAACUAACAUAUGGUCACUGUUCUUUAUUAGAGAGAGGGCUUCCUGCAUCCUAUUGAAGUGUCGUCAUCAUUAGAGCUGUUUUGUAAAGUGUGAACAUUUUCUUUGGCUAUAUGAGAGAUUGUUUUGGGAUUCUGAGAGUAUGAUUGAGUUGCAAUUGAGGGAGUAUCUUCCAGAAAGAUUACUCCUUGAUACGGUAUUAGGUCUCAUCCAUUUGUGUAGUACUUCCUAAUGAACAACUCAAUCAUACAAGUUACUGUAAAGGGCCUCUGGAGUUCAAGUAGUCUGACAUCCUGUUCAGAGCAGGUCCAGCAUUGAAGCUAGAUCAGUUUGUUCUAGGCUUUGUCAAGAUGAAUUAUGAAUAUCUCCAAUGAGAUUCAAAGGCUCUGUGUAGCCUGUUUCAAUGUGUAACCAUGUUUGGAAAGUGUGGAAACUUUUCCUACUACUUGUAAUUUCCUAUGCUGCAACUUUUUCAUUGCCUCUUGUCCUUUCUCUGUGCACCUUCCAAAAGUUUGACUUUCUUCUCUAUAACUACCCACUAUUAGAUCUCCCUUGGGCUUCUUUAGGUGUACCUUUCUAGGUUUGCUUUUUGUGAGUUGCAUUAAGUACCUUAGGGUUGUCAGAUAUUUAGAGACCACCUAAAGGAGUAAUUUGGAUUGUAAAUUAGAGGUCACCAUGUUCCCAAGCUACUCUUGUUCCUUUUGCUCAUAAAUGUUUUUAAAAAUCUUUUGUGUAGUGUUACAUAUCAAAAUGCAUGUAAAAUUUUGGACUAGAAUGCAUUUUAUGUGUAUAAGUGCUAUUGAAAGGGUUGUCUGUUUUCUUGUGAUCACCUAUGCAUGAGUAGCCAUAAUUUGAAAGUCAUGCUUUUCUGUGCUAUUUUUAAAUCUAACUCUGCCUGUAAAUUCUGCUUGAGAAGAACAAAGGUUAUAAUACCCUACUUUUUUAAAGAAUAUUUCAAUGCAACUAAUAUCUAUGAGAUAGAAUCCUAAUUCAGAAUUCAUGUUUGGUUUUAAGUUUCCUUUUUGUUCUUUUAGUUUUACAGGAUUACACUUUCUAGCCUGUUUUUUCCAGACACAAAUUUUAGCACAUUGCUGUGUACUUAAUCAUCCAGUUCUUUCUGCUCUCCUAAUUAGACACUAUAGAUUCGUUGCUAUAAAGUGCCAUCUGUUGAAAAUUAUAAGUAUUGUACAUGCAAUUGUUUGAUUUCUUCUCUACCUUCAAUCUGUGCACAGUUUUCUGGAGAGUGACAUCAUAGUCUGAGAUAAUGAAUAAUCCAAUAAAUGUUGAUUUUUUUUUUAAAG